CAAUUUGAGGAUGGCCCAACAAGCUUCUGAAUCAAUUUCAAGCUGACAGACUACAAGCUAUGUCAGCCCAAUUAUACUAACUUAAUAGGCCCCGCCCAAUUUCUUGUCCAGCUAAGCCCAAUUACUUCUCUUUCUUCCACACGUGCCAUACGUGCUAAAUUAUAAUCUCAGCCUGUUCUGAUCUUAGCUGCUGAAACACAAGAAAUGGAAGAUGCUGAUGAGAGCCACACUUUCUGACAUAAUCCCCAAGCUUCGGCGACUUUCUUCUGUAAAAGAAGUAGAACAAACCCAAGCUAUUAUCAUCAAAGCUGGCCUCUACACCCACCCUUACAUACUUGCCAAUCUCAUCCCCUUCUCGGCCCUGUCCCCAUUGGGAAGCCUAGCGCAUGCGCAGGCCAUGUUCCAAGAAACUAAAAUGGACGACGCUUUCAUUUGUAACACCAUGAUUAGAGCUUACACUAACAGCGUCUUUCCCAUCAAAGCUAUUUAUAUAUACAACCAUAUGCAACAUGUGAAUGCUGGUUCUGACCAUGUCACUUACACUUUUACGCUCAAGGCGUGCGCUAGAGCUUCGAGGUGCGAAGAAGAAGGUGGAGGAUGUAAUGAGUUUGGUGUUACUCGUAAAGGAGCUGAGAUUCAUGGCCGGGUUUUAAAGUUGGGGUUUCAUCGCGAUGCUUAUAUUCAGAAUUCGUUGGUUUAUAUGUAUUCUCGGUGUGGGUUCGUGGGUCUCGCCCGUCAAGUGUUUGAUGAAAUGACCGAGCGAAGUGUUGCGUCAUGGAAUAUCAUGAUAAUGGCCUAUCAUCAGAUUAAUGAUUUCAAAUCGGCGGAUUGCCUUAUUGAGUUGAUGCCUGAGAAAAAUGUGGUUUCAUGGAAUACCUUGAUCGGGCGGCAUGUUAGGUCAGGCAAUAUUGAAGCUGCAAGAAAGGUGUUCCGAGAGAUGCCAGAAAGGGAUGCGGUUUCUUGGAAUUCAAUGAUUGCUGGUUAUGUUCAGGUUAAGAAUUAUGCUGGAGCAUUGGCGCUCUUCGAUGAAAUGCAAAUUGCUGAGGUAGAGGCAACAGAAGUAACGCUUAUAUCUGUUUUGGGUGCUUGUGCUGAGACGGGUGCAUUGGAGAUGGGUAGGAAGAUCCAUGAGUCCUUGAAAGAGAAGAGCUACAAGAUUGAAGGGUAUUUGGGUAAUGCCCUUGUAGAUACGUAUACUAAAUGCGGGAAUUUGAGUUUGGCCUGGGAAGUAUUUAACGAGCUGAAAAUGAAACCGGUAAGUUGCUGGAAUGCAAUGAUUAUGGGUUUGGCCGUCCAUGGUUACUGUCAGCAAGCUUUGGAAUUGUUAGCAGCCAUGGAGUUAAGGCUUGACGGGAUCAGGCCGAAUCGUGUAACUUUCAUCGGUGUUCUAAUUGCUUGUAGCCAUCAGGGUUUAGUGGAAGAAGGACGCCAGCAUUUCAAUCGCAUGAUUAAGGUGUACAAGAUCAUGCCUGAUAUAAAGCAUUACGGUUGCAUGGUUGAUCUUCUGAGCAGAUGGGGAUUGUUAUAUGAUGCUUGGCAGAUGAUUAAAACCAUGCCUUUGCCUCCAACCGCUGUGUUGUGGAGAACUUUGUUGGGUGCUUGUAGGGUUCACUCGAAUGCUGAAUUGGCUGAGGAAUCCUUCCGACAGCUUGCCAAGUUGGAAGUUCUUUGUGAUGGAGAUUAUGUUUUGUUAUCUAACAUUUAUGCUGAAUCUGAGAGAUGGGAUGAUGUUCAGCGAGUUAGGAAUGCAAUGAUUCAUGUUGGAAUUCCGAAGAAACUUGGCUCCAGCAAUAUAGAGAUAAGACAAUGAAACAAGAGUGCAGUUUCAAUUGUAGUUUAACCUUUUUUUUUUUUAUUAUAAAUAUACUGCAAAUGUGACUAAUUUUCCUGUAUUCCUUAUAAUCACUCAUAAUAAAUAUCCCUUUAUGUUUGCCUAAA